UCGGGCUGCAAGAUUUUGUUUAUAUGUUUUGGUUGGAAAAGUCAUGUGAAAUUUUCUGCAUAUUUUAAAAUGUUUGAGCCACUGUUAAUGCUUACAUUUUUAAAUUGCUUUUUUAUGUUCAGUACAACACUUACAACGUGCGCGUUAUGGUUGCAGCAAAGAAAAAAUGGCGGCUGUAUGCGUACGACGAAACCCCCCUCAGCAAAAAGAGAGAAAAUCAAAAAACGACUCAAAAAUGAAAUUAUCAGGAGCAAGAUGAGUCUCCAAAAAUUGGGAAACAAAUUGAUGGAAAGUAAACGAGAGAUUUCUACGCCGAAGGAUGAACCGAAACUAACAAUUGACACGGGAACAAAACCAUCUGAAUCAGAGACUAAAUCAUUUGGAGUAAUGGCUCAACCGGCCCGAAAAGAUAAUCAUCAGCAGCUGGAGUCCACCUGCUGCGGAAAUCUAGCAUCGACAGAAGAUUUGACCCAGAAAUCUCGCACACCAGAAUCACGAGGAUCCAAUCGUAAAUCCACAGUAGUAAUGCAGGUUUCCACGAUUCAAAAAGUUGUCCAAACGAUCGAUAAGGAGAGGAAUCCAUCAAGGCGCUCAGUACCGAAUGAUUGCGUAUCAUAUCGAGUUCCACCUGAUGCAGAAAGACGAAUUGAAUUUAUCGUGCAGAAUAAAUCUGAUGAUAAUUCAGAUUGCAAUGCGUAAUCCGGGAAUCGGGUCAGGUUACCGUAAUUCAUUGCUGCUGAUAAUGUGAAAUUAAGUGGCACGAUAAUAAAAAUAA